AUGCCGCUGAAGCGAACACCCAUCAAGCACCAAGAAUCCACGUCGUCUGCAGGAAGCAAUCCGCCUGCUGCAACACCGAUUACCAGUAAUUCACCUUCAACUAGCGUUAAGAAGAUCAAGAAAGCGCAACGAUUGAUCAUGGAACAGGUAGAAGCAUUCGUCCACCAGCGUGGGCUGGCAAAAGGUAAGCUAACUAGAAUUUUAAACAUACUGCAUGAAAACGAUGAGCUGCCAUCUUCUCAACUGCGAGUCUAUGCAAAGAAGAUAGACUCGGCGCACAAAGAAUACCACGACAUACAGGAGAAGAUGCUUCCUCUAAUUCCAUCCUCAAGUAGAGAAGAGCAUGAUGCACAUUUUUUGAUAUUUGAUGAGCUCCACGAUCAAGUACUAAUGGCUUUGGAAGACCAUAUGGAGCGUUUAAGUGUUGCCCCAGUAGGUUCCAACCCAAACGUAGUCGCUCCGCUUCAGAACCCAGUGAUGGUUCAGCAACCGUUGAAGGUACCGAUUCCGACUUUCGACGGUAAGUACGAAAACUGGUCAAAGUUCAAAGUCGUGUUCAGAGACCUGGUAGAUAACACAGCCGACCCUCCCGCCAUUAAGCUUUACCACCUAGACAAGGCCCUGGUGGGCAGUGCCGCUGGAAUUAUUGAUGCCAAGACGAUCAACGAUGGCAAUUACAAGCAUGCCUGGGAGAUACUGCAGGAACGUCUCAGAAAAAUGGCAAAUGAAAACGGUAAAGAGUUAAGAGCACUAGUGGACGAGUGCUCGAGGCAUGUUGAAAACUUGAAAUUCCUCAAUCAAGAAUUCACUGGCAUAUCGGAGCAGUUCGUUGUGCACCUACUCUCCGAAGCCCUGGAUAAGGAAACAAGAAGACGAUGGGAGACUACCAUCAAGCAUGGAGAGCUUCCAUCAUACGAUGCAACCAUCAAGUUUCUGAAGGAGCAGUGUUUCAUCUUGGAGAGAUGUGAAACCUCCAAUUCAAAGGAGAACCAACCAGCAAAGAAGUCUGUUAAGAGUACUGGUCAGCACUCACUGGUUACCACGUCCGCCAGCGAGUCAAAGUUCAAGUGCGAGUUCUGCGGUGAUUCUCACCACAAAGGGUUCAGGUGUCCCCAGUUCUUAGCCAUGUUCGUUCCCCAGCGACUCGCGAAGGUGCGAGAAAGGAACGUUUGGUUCAACUGUCUUAGGAAGGGACAUCGCGGAUCAGACUGUCCUUCCAAUGGAACGUGCGUUAAGUGUCAGCGUAAGCACCAUAGCCUAUUGCAUGCGGACAGUCAGCCUUUUAAAGCAGCGGAAAUUCCCGACGAAACGAAGUCAUCCAGACCAGCAGCACAGGUUCAAGCACCGAAAGCGGAUGAGCAACGGCCGUCUACUAGUACACAAGUGACGACUGCAGCUUGCUCAACAAACAAGGGACUAGUAGUUCCAUCGGUCCUACUGGUAACCGCAGUCGUAAACGUGAUGGACAGAAACAAUCACCCACACCCCUGUCGUGUUUUAUUGGAUUCUGCUUCCCAGGUAAAUCUGAUUUCACAAGGCAUGGCAGACCGUCUCGGUUUAGAUGGAUAUCAUACAAACGUUAGAAUUGCUGGAGUUGAUGGAAUGCUGUCUCGUACUGACAAGGGUAUCGAAGUGCAGAUCCGAUCCAGAUACCUGGACUAUCAGCUGAAGCUCAAUUGCUUGAUAACCAAAAGGGUGACAUCAAAUCUUCCAGUUUCAAAUAUAGACAUCCGUUCAUGGGAGAUUCCAGCUGGAGUUCAACUGGCCGAUCCAUCAUUCAAUUCUACUGGCGGGAUUGACAUGCUAAUCGGCAAUCAAUGGUUCUUGAAGUUACUUCUACCAGGGCGCAUCAUACUUUCCGAAGAGCUUCCUAUCAUAACUGAAACGAAGUUCGGUUGGGUGGUAGGUGGUACACAUUGCAGCGAAGCCAUUCAGGAUAAUGUCGUGUAUUCACAUUCGGUUACGAUCGAGGAACUUUGCGACUCGAUUCAGCGAUUUUCGGAAGUAGAGAGCGUUCCCCAGCAAUUCCAGUCAAGCACCGAAGAGGAUGAAUGUGAAAGGCACUUCAUAGCAACACACCGAAGAGAUGAAACAGGAAGAUAUGUGGUGCAAUUGCCAUUAAGAGAUUCACUGGAGCAGCUCGGAGAAUCCAGAUCGUUGGCGCUCCGACAAUUCUUAGGGUUAGAGAAACGUUUUGCCCAACAACCAGAGUUAAAACGGCAAUACGUAGACUUCAUGCAGGAGUACGAAUCCUUGGGUCACUGUAAGGAAGUAUAUGAGAAGAAUGACGCACCAGGGAUGAGAAAGUGGUACUUACCUCAUCACGCAGUUUUACGACCUUCACACAACAACGAAGUGCCGCGUUGUUUUUGA